AGAAGAAGCAUCUGCCACGGUCUCAGUUCUCUCCUACCGCCAAGGAAGCAAGUGAAUUAACUUUUGUCGUUGAGGUAGACUCGAAGUAAAGCGAAGCGAUGGCCUUCUUGGAGUGCGUCGGCUGCUCGUUGAUAGCAUUCGGGCCGUCGCUCGCCAUUUUCUGGGUGUUAAUUGUUGGCCAGCCCAGCCGGCUCGUGGUGUUCAUCGUGUCCUCGUUCUUCUGGCUCCUGUCGUUGCUGCUGUCGUCUGUUGCCUGGUUUAUGCUGAAAGAACUUUUCCACGCCCCGUUCGCCGUUAGCCUCGUGACGUCUGUGGGUUUUCAGGAAUUCUUCAGGUAUCUGGCAUUCCGAACACUGCGCAAGGCCGAGGAGGCGCUGAACGUAGUCGUUCUUGUCGGCUCCGACUAUGACGUGGCUCUUGUUCGCUACCACACCUCGUUCGCCUGCGUCUCCGGCCUUGGCUUUGGAACUACUAGCGCAGCCUCAGCGAUGCUCAACCUCCUUGCGGACGUGGGUGCGGGACCAGGCACGGUGGGUUUCUUCGGCGACCACGGGAGCGUGGACUUGAUCAUCUACUCGGCGACGGCCGCGUGUCUCGCUCUGCUCCACACCUUGUGGAGCGUGAUAGCGUCCAACGCGUUGCUGUUCCGGCGCUACGGCGUUUUGCUGUUCGUGCCAGCCGCCCAUCUCUUCACUGCGGGAGUGACGACCCUAACUCCGAAUGCGCACCGGGACGUCCUGUACGAUGUCAUGCCUCUUGCGGCGACCGGCGUGGUGCUCUAUAUGAGUGCAACCACGGCUUUCGUUGUUUCGGGAGGCACGCCGAGAAACCUGCUUUCAUGCCUCGGAGGUCUCUUGCGCAACCCCGGCGCAUCAUCCAAUGCUCCAGAAGUCCCCCCGGGGCAAAUGUGAUCUUCCUGCUCACAGGCGACUGAAAACGAUUGAAACUCUAGCAGGACGAAGUAUUUUGUGCAGCGCCUUUAAAAACUAAGCGUGCGUGUGUGCGAACAUGUGCUGCAGUAGCACCGAUAUUGUCUUGCAGUCUUUGACGCUUUACACAAAGUAUAAAGAACCGUUCCGUAUAGAAUUGGGUCGGGGGGUAAAAAAUAUCACCGACAUUCUUGUCUCAUAUAGGUUGCGCCUACAGCUGAUACUACCGUUAUAGGUUUAGUAGAGAACAAGCUUGUUUAAAAAAUUAUAAAGUAACAUUCACUGAGUUUGAGGAAUGCGUGGCGUGUGAUUCCAUAAAGAACAUUUAACGGUUCAGAUUGCAGAGAGAACUGAGCGGUUGGCCACGUAAUCGACACCAUGCUACCAGCACCCACAUGCACGGUGCGCCUAAAUGUUGCUUUCUUCGGUAUGUAGCCACUAUUACUUUUCAUAGAAGUGGUGUAACGGCGCAAGAAACCCCCACUUUUUUUACAGGCGAAAAUUGGGCACUGCCCCUUAGCUGCUGUCUUGUACAAUUCGCAGGUCCUGGGUAAAGUGCACACCAGUCCCGUAUAUAGAGUCUCCCUUCAGCUAAC